AUGUCAAGCAGAUACAGAGUCGAAUAUAAUCUUAAGGCACAUAGGAAAGAUGCGUUCAUCGAGUGGAUUAAAGGGUUGAUCGCAGUUCCUUUUGUAUUACAAACAGGAACUGAAUCUGGUGCUGAGAAGCUGUAUUUGCAGUACCGUAGUAUAUUUGGUGACAUAGAACGGUUAAUUUCUGAGAAGAUAGAGAUUGAUAAUAAACGAAUUUCUGGCAUGUCGCUCGAGGAGUCUCGUUUAAAUCAGUUAGUUCCUCAGAUUGGAACAUUCUUCACACCAUUACCCCUGGUGGAAGCCUUUGAUAUCCAAGAAAGGAGACGAGCAAUAUGCAAUAGGAGAAUGGUGUCACCUUCCUUUAACGAUAUCAGGCAUAUCUUAAAUUCUGCUCAGAUCCUUGCAAUGAUAAAGGCCAAGGAUUUAAAACUCAUAACAUUCGAUGGAGAUGUUACUUUAUAUGAAGAUGGGGGAUCUAUUGAGAAGGGUGGGAAAAUAGUAAGAAGAUUAAUCUCCCUAUUGCAACGUGGAUAUAAUGUUGGGAUUGUUACCGCAGCAGGCUAUGAUGAUCCAGAGAGAUAUAAAGAGCGUUUAUUUGGAUUGUGUUUCGAGCUCUUCUCCAACAAAAGUAUGCCCAUUAAACAGAAGGAAAAACUGACCAUCAUGGGAGGUGAAUCUAAUUAUUUAUUCCAAUAUUAUGAGACAGAUCAGCAGUUUGGUUUUAAGACUAUUGAUGAGCAUGAAUGGGUCCCGGACUUCGUUCAAGCGUGGUCGCCUGAAGAUAUUUCUGCUACUUUAGACGUUGCUGAAGAAUGUUUCAAAGAUUUGAAGGAAAAAUUAUCUCUACCGCCUGAAUGUUCCAUUAUUCGUAAAGAGAAGGCAGUAGGUAUAGUACCAGGUUUUAGAUACGAUAAAGAACUGGAGGUUAAUGUAAAGGUUCAAAUCCAAAGAGAAACUUUAGAAGAGAUGGUGUUGGUGAUUCAAAAGACACUAGAAUCGUUACCAGCAGCACAAAACAUCGAAUUCAGCUGCUUUGAUGGAGGUAGCGAUGUUUGGUGUGAUAUAGGAGGUAAAGAUGUUGGUGUCAACAUUUUGCAGAACUUUUACAAGACUGAUUCUCCAAUUUCGCCUUCCCAAACUUUGCAUAUUGGAGAUCAGUUCGCGCCAAAGGGAUCAGCUAAUGACUACAAAGCCCGAAGUGCAGGGUGUACACUGUGGGUAGCUUCACCACAAGAGACAUAUCAAGCCUUAGAUGAUCUUUUGGAAGGUUUAUAG